GAUAACAGCGCAUAGAAUACAAUACGCAUGCGCUUCUAAAGUCUACGUCAGCUCUUUCUCUACAAGGGGGUGAUCUGUGUCGUAGCUACGUGGCUUUCACUUCUCUGACUUUCUUACUAAGCAUCACGUAGGAAAUAGACUAAGCACCAUGGAUCAGGUUACGCAGUUUGUUGAGCCCGGCCGGCAGUUCGUGAAAGACUCCAUCAGGCUCGUUAAGAGGUGCACAAAACCCGACAGGAAAGAAUUUCAGAAGAUUGCAAUGGCCACAGCGAUUGGGUUUGCGAUCAUGGGAUUCAUUGGUUUCUUUGUCAAGCUCAUUCACAUCCCCAUCAACAACAUCAUCGUUGGUGGUUAGGUCCUGAUCAAUCAGACUUCAUCACGUGGGGACAGGAGAUGGCGCUGCAGUGUUAACAGCUGAUGUGAUUGGGGGGGGAGGGGGGACUGUCGGGAUGGCAUUUUUACAUUCUGUGCUCAACGUUUAUAUGUCACUGUGUAAAUAAAAAUAAUUGGAAAUCUGA